CUUUAGUGGGCAACCUCCUGCCAACAGAUGUUUUACAAUGUUUAGGUACAAAAAAAUUUAACAUACAGACAGACACUGUCAGAUUUACAAAAUACCAUCAGGGCACUUCUUGUGUCACACAUACACACACAUCAGACACAAACAAGUAAACACAGAGCAGGUCUUUAAACCAUUUGGCAGCGGUGAACUCCCAAUGUGGGGGCCCAUCAUCCCGUUUGACUCUGCCAGAUGUUUCAAGAAAUAAUGCAGGCCUAAAAUGAAUCGCUAAUAUGAAGGAUCCCCAGUUAUUAUUUUUUUUUUUUCAUCAUCCGCACAGGUAGUCGGUCACUUAAGGGAACUUGGGAUCUUAAUAACAUUUUGCAUGUCAGCAUUACAAAACGAGACAAUAGGCGUUUGUGUUUUAGCCGAAUAAAAUGCGAAUAAAAACAGCCCCAGUGCAUUAUUAUGAGAUAUGUGGUGCAGCCCUGUCAUUCAGCAAAAAUCCACUCCAAGCCCAGCCCAUUCUUACAAAAGUCAAUAAUCGGCCACUGGGGGGCGCAAUAGCACACCACCACUGUGCGCAGACUUGACCGCUAAAUACUCCACACCCACCGUCCCUCGGCCCUUUGGGAACACUCAAUAAAAUUGCCGGCAGCUUGUAUUAAACCGCGUCCUUUUAGGGCUCAUUUAAGUGCAACAGGUUCGGAGUCCACAGCGGGGGACUUCAGUGAUUCCUCUCUAUAUGAAUGGCAGAAAUUAAAACGAAUAUUGCUCUGCCUGCAAACUGCAAUGUCAAUGUGGUCAAAUGUGGCCUAACUCCAUCAUUAAAAGUACUGCCCUGUUAUUAAACUCCAAACAAGUUCACAUUGUUCAUCCUCAACACUUCAUGCAGACGUCAAGUCACGCCAACAUCACUGAAGAGGAGCAGAAGCCUAUUUUGUGCCACUUCACAGCCUAAAUUAGGGUCAAGACCUCCCCGCAGAGAAUGCUGGGUAAACACCAGGUUCCUCUCCUAUCCUCACCGUGUUCUAUAUUGUGGAUAAACGUUCAUCCUGUGUAGUGUGUGAGUGUGACACAGGGCAGCUAUAGGAGGGGUAAUCCUCUGCGCUCCGGCAGCAUCCUCCCUCCCUCGUCCUCUUGCUCAAGGGCAAACCGAGGCGCGCCGCUGCUGAAGACAGCGCAGCAUCCUCUCCGCAGCUCGGCGGCGGCUCCGGGACCUGUCCACCGUGGGAUGACUACGGAAGAGCCAGUCGGAUGGAAGGACCAGAGGACAACUUGUGACAUCGUCCGAAAUGCCCGCUCUAAGGCGUCGAGGCAACAGGCAGCUAGUGUAGAAGUAACUUUUGACCGCUAAACUUUUGGAUUGUGUUGAGGAGACCCACUUUUUUUUCCCCCCCGCCUCUGUCCUGCCCGCUGGAUGGGAGUUCUUGGUCCAUCAUGAAGACUGAACCUUGAGAGGGGGAGACAUGGAUUUUGCACGGAGAAUUUGGCUGCUGCUUCUUCUACAACCCGAAGAACUCAACUCUGGAAAUUAUGCUGUAAAACUCGGAGUUUCAUAUCUGUAAGUAAAUUCUAGUACAGGAGAAUCAGGAUGAAAAGAUGGCAGCCAUGCUGUUACCAACGGGUCCUGAGGGCUUGCGGCGGUUCACUCGCGAAUCCUUGGCUGCAAUGGAGCAGCGGAUUGCGGAGGAGCAGGCAAAGAAAGCCAAGGGUUGCCAUGACAGUCACAGGAAUGUCGAGCCACCCAAACCCAGGAUCGACCUGGAAGCAGGCAAGCAGCUGCCUCGCAUCUUCGGUGACAUCCCUCCAGAACUCAUCGGGAUGCCACUGGAGGACAUCGAUCCAUUUUACUACAAGAACCAGAGGACUUUUAUAGUACUAAACAAAGGGAAGGCCAUCUUCAGAUUCAGUGCCACAUCUGCACUUUACAUACUUAGUCCAUUUCACUUCCUCAGAUCAAUCGCCAUAAAAGUUUUAGUCCACUCAUUAUUUAGCCUGUUCAUAAUGUUCACUAUAUUGACCAACUGUUGCUUCAUGGCCAUGUCUGAUCCGGCACCAUGGACCAAGUACCUGGAGUAUACUUUCACUGCCAUUUACACUUUCGAGUCGGUGAUAAAGAUAUUUGCGAGAGGAUUCUGCGUAGUGCCAUUCACCUUCUUGAGAGAUCCAUGGAACUGGCUGGACUUCAGCGUCAUUGUUAUGGCAUACGUGACGGAGUUUGUAGACCUCGGGAACGUCUCAGCAUUAAGAACCUUCAGAGUACUACGAGCACUGAAAACCAUCUCAGUUAUCCCAGGUCUGAAGACCAUUGUCGGCGCUUUGAUCCAGUCUGUGAAGAAGCUGGCCGACGUGAUGAUCCUGACCGUCUUCUGUCUCAGCGUGUUCGCCCUCAUCGGCCUGCAGCUUUUCAUGGGGCUGCUGCGGCAAAAGUGCGUCCGCAGCCUCGCACACUGCGUCAACUCCUCCUACAGCUCCAACGCUUCCUUCGUCUGCAAUAACAGAACGUGGAGCUCCAGGAUGGACUUCCUCAGCAGUGAAGAUAAUUUUUACAAAGUCGAAGGAGCAAAGGAUGCCUUAAUUUGUGGAUAUGGAAAUGACGCAGGGAAGUGUCCCGACGGAUUUGACUGCCUAAAAGUAGGAAGGAAUCCAAACUAUGGCUACACCAGUUUCGAUACCUUCGGCUGGGCUUUUCUGGCCCUCUUCCGACUCAUGACCCAAGACUACUGGGAAAAACUGUUUCACCAGACUCUGCGCUCGGCAGGGAAGACCUACAUGGUUUUCUUUGUGCUCGUCAUCUUCCUGGGCUCCUUCUACCUGGUCAACCUCAUCCUGGCUGUAGUGGCCAUGGCUUAUGAGGAACAGAAUCAGGCAACCAUCGCUGAGGCCUGGCAGAAGGAGAGGGAGUUUCAGCUGGCUAUGGAGCACCUGCGCAGAGAGCAAAGAUUGGCAGCAAAAAGACAAGCACAGGAGACGGACUCAGUGUUGUCCCCAGAGUUGUCUCCAUUUUGUCUGAAGGCAGGCAGCAUGCGUCGAAGCAGCAGCAGACGAAGAAGAUCGCACAGGACGCUGUCAGAGGAAACGGGAGAGGAAGCUGCUGAAGAGAAGUUUGACCCACUGGAUGAGCCAAUGCCUCCUCUGUCUCCACUUCCAGCCCAUCCCCUGCUGGCCACGCUCUCCGCUCACCCCCUUAGCACCCGAAGAGGAAGCCAGGUCAGCAUCUUCAGCGCUUUCCGGGCACGCAACAACUCAGAGGCUGACUUCGGGGAUGAUGAGUACAGUGUUCAUGGGGACGUCUUCAGGAGUCGCGCCAGUUCCACAGCAACGCCCUGGAAGAGAAGGACAGGCAGUGUGCGGAGCCACUGCUCUCAGAUCUUCACCCCCAGCCUCAAUGUCAACGGCCGGCUCAACAUCUCCCUGGACCAGAAUGGAGUCACCACUCUGGGCCUGCAUACUCCCACCUCUAUGCCUGCCUGCAGCAUGGAGAGGGUCAGGGAAGACACAAAGCCCACCAAUGCAGAGGACACAAUUCCCAGGCACCUCCUCCAGCCCUCUCCGACAGUUACAGAGCCUCCUCCUGUGCAGAGGAAACGAGGACUGAGCUCUGUCAGCUUCCUCAGUGACGCCAUGGAUGAGUUGGAGGAGUCGAGGCAAAAGUGCCAUCCCUGCUGGUACACAUUCGCCAAGAAGUACCUGAUAUGGGACUGCUGCCCCUGGUGGCUUCAGCUGAAGGACUGGGUGAAAUGCAUGGUGAUGGAUCCUUUCCUGGAUCUGGGUAUCACCAUAUGCAUCGUGCUGAACACCCUCUUCAUGGCCCUGGAGCACUACCCCAUGACCGACGAGUUCAACACCAUGCUUUCAGUGGGCAAUCUGGUGUUCACAGGAAUCUUUACAGCUGAGAUGGUGCUGAAGCUGAUUGCCAUGGAUCCCUACUACUACUUCCAACAGGGCUGGAAUAUAUUUGACGGCGUCAUUGUCUGCCUCAGUCUGAUGGAGUUGGGUCUCUCCAAUGUAGAGGGGCUGUCUGUCCUGCGAUCUUUCAGACUGUUACGAGUCUUCAAGCUGGCAAAAUCCUGGCCGACUCUCAACACUCUCAUCAAGAUCAUCGGCAACUCAGUGGGCGCUCUGGGAAACCUGACACUGGUGUUGGCCAUUAUCGUAUUCAUCUUUGCUGUGGUGGGCAUGCAGCUUUUUGGCAAGAACUACCAGGACUGCGUGUGUAAGAUCUCCAAUGACUGCCAACUGCCACGCUGGCACAUGAAGGACUUCUUCCACUCCUUCCUGAUUGUGUUCCGGGUGCUGUGCGGCGAAUGGAUCGAGACCAUGUGGGAUUGUAUGGAAGUGGCCGGGCAGCCCCUCUGUAUCCUGGUGUUCAUGUUGGUCAUGGUCAUUGGGAACUUGGUGGUGCUGAAUCUUUUUCUGGCCCUGCUGCUCAGCUCCUUCAGCUCAGACAACCUGUCUGCCCCAGAUGAAGACGGCGAUUUGAACAACAUCCAGAUCGCCAUCGCCCGCAUCAAUGCUGGUGUCUCCUGGCUCAUGACGCAUAUCAUAGACCUCUUCAACCGCAGCUUGAAACGUCGUCGAAAGGAGCAGACCAAAGAGCCAAGUCAUGGGAUUAAGCUGGUUGGAAAUCAUGUUGAAAGUAAUGGGGGAAUUUUUGGACGCUAUGGAGAGAAAUAUAUCAUGCCGGAGGAGGACAGCUACAUGACAAAUCCAAACUUGACUGUCAUCGUUCCAAUCGCACCUGGAGAGUCUGAUGUGGAGUUUCUCGAGGAGGAGGAGAUUUCUGAAUCAUCAGAGGAUGAAGACAACAAAGAGAAGAUCAGCCUAUCAGAGGGCAGCACAGUGGACCUGAGAAAGCCUGGAGAGGAGAUUGACGACUUAUCAAUGCUGGAUGAAGAGAGUAUGGAGCCGGAGGAAUGCUUCCCAGAAUUCUGCUCGAGGCACUGCCAGUGUUGCCACAUCGAUACCAGCCGCGGUCUGGGUCAGGCCUGGUGGAGGCUGAGGAAGACCUGCUACCAGAUCGUGGAGCACAGCUGGUUCGAGACUUUCAUCAUCUUCAUGAUCCUGCUCAGCAGUGGGGCUCUGGCAUUUGAAGAUAUCUACAUAGAGAAGAGGAAAGUCGUAAAGGUAGUGUUGGAGUCUGCUGACAAGGUCUUCUCCUACAUCUUUGUGCUGGAGAUGUUCCUCAAGUGGAUUGCGUAUGGCUUCAAGAAGUAUUUCACCAACUACUGGUGCUGGCUCGACUUUCUCAUCGUGGAUGUGUCCUUGAUAAGCCUGGUGGCAAAUUCACUGGGAUAUUCUGACUUUGCGGCGAUCAAGUCCCUGAGGACCCUGCGGGCUUUGAGACCUCUCAGAGCUCUGUCCAGAUUUGAGGGGAUGCGGGUGGUGGUGAACGCCCUAAUAGGAGCUAUCCCUUCCAUUAUGAAUGUGCUGCUCGUGUGUCUCAUCUUCUGGCUCAUCUUCAGCAUCAUGGGGGUCAACCUGUUCGCUGGCAAGUUUGGGAAGUGUGUGAACAGGACAGGGUUCAUCCACAGCAUCUCUUUAGUCAACAACAAGUCAGAGUGCCUCUCCAUGAAUGACACCCAGUUCUACUGGACAAAAGUGAAGGUGAACUUCGACAACGUUGGACUUGGCUACCUUUCUCUUCUGCAAGUGGCUACAUUUAAAGGAUGGAUGGAAAUAAUGCAUGCAGCUGUAGAUUCAAGAGGAGUGGAGGAACAACCCAUCAGAGAAAUCAACCUCUACAUGUACCUUUACUUUGUCGUCUUCAUCAUAUUCGGAUCCUUCUUCACCCUCAAUCUCUUCAUCGGUGUCAUUAUUGACAAUUUCAAUCAGCAGAAGAGAAAGUUAGGUGGACAGGAUAUCUUCAUGACUGAAGAACAGAAGAAGUACUAUAAUGCUAUGAAGAAAUUAGGAUCUAAAAAGCCUCAAAAACCAAUACCAAGGCCUGGGAACAUGCUCCAAGCCUUCUUCUUCGAUCUCGUCUCAAAGCAAGCCUUUGACAUCAUGAUCAUGGUGCUCAUCAUCAUCAACAUGAUAACCAUGAUGGUGGAAACCGAUGAGCAGUCAGAGCGCAUGGAGACCAUCCUCAACAAGAUCAACCUGGUCUUCAUCGUGAUCUUCACCACCGAAUGCCUGAUCAAGAUCAUUGCCCUCCGCUGUUAUUUCUUCACAGUUGCGUGGAACAUCUUUGAUUUCGUGGUGAUAGUUCUCUCAAUUGUGGGAAUCGUUCUUGCAGACAUCAUUGAGAAGUACUUUGUUUCUCCAACCCUGUUUCGAGUCAUCAGACUGGCGAGGAUAGGACGUGUUCUUCGACUUAUACGUGCAGCCAAAGGAAUAAGGACUUUACUGUUUGCCUUAAUGAUGUCCAUGCCAGCUCUGUUCAACAUUGGCCUCCUGCUUUUCCUCGUCAUGUUCAUCUAUGCAAUCUUCGGUAUGGCGAACUUUGCCUACGUGAAAAAACAAGAUGGGGUUGAUGACAUGUUCAACUUUGAGACCUUUGGGAAUAGUAUGAUCUGCCUUUUUCAGAUCAGCACCUCGGCAGGUUGGGACAACCUCCUGAGUCCCAUCAUGGCCAGCUCCCCCGACGAGUGUGACAUUAACUUUGUCAAUACUGGCACUAACGCCCGUGGAAACUGUGGCAGCCCCUCGGUGGGCAUAGCUUUCUUUGUCAGUUACAUAAUCAUCUCUUUCCUCAUUGUGGUAAAUAUGUAUAUAGCUAUCAUUCUGGAGAACUUCAGCGUUGCCACAGAGGAGAGUACGGAGCCGCUGAGCGAGGAUGACUUUGAAAUGUUCUAUGAGGUUUGGGAGAAGUUUGAUUCUGAGGCCACACAGUUCAUUGAGUUUUCCAUGCUGUCCAUAUUUGCUGACACUUUGUCAGAGCCGCUACGCAUAGCCAAGCCCAACAUGGUCAAGCUGAUCUCCAUGGACCUCCCGAUGGUCAGCGGGGAUAGGAUCCACUGCCUGGACAUCCUGUUUGCCUUCACAAAGCGUGUCCUGGGAGAGUCAGGCGAGAUGGAUGCACUCAAGCAGCAAAUGGAGGAGAAGUUCAUGCUGACCAACCCCUCCAAGGUUUCCCACGAGCCCAUCACUUCCACUCUGCGCCGCAAACUGGAGGACGUGUCUGCGAUCAUCAUCCAGAGGUGUUACAGGAGGCAUUUGGUGCGCCGGCAGAUGAAGCAGGCAUCCUACCUCUACAGACAGAUAAACUACGAGACUGUAGUGGAUGUGGAGAGUGCUCCAGAGACAGAGGGCCUGAUAGCCUCCAUGAUACAGCACUUUGGACCUGUGGGGUUGGAGGUUGAAGAGACAACAGAGGACAUUCUGCUGUCUUCACCGCCAUCUUAUGAAAGUGUGACCAGGGGAGCCAGUGACCUCACUGAGGUCGUCAGAUUCAUAUCCAGAGACUCUGAACUCGGGGAGCCUGGUGAAAACUAUGAGGAAACCUUUCUUUGAGACUCGACCGUGUGGAGAGUGUUUGUGUGGUUUUUGUUUGUUUUGUUUACAGCAGAGAAUAUAGGUCAAAAUAACUCAUGGUCAAAGAGAUGUACUUCUUUUUUUUUUUACAUAUAUAUUAGCAGAUGCCGAGGAAAUAUGCUAUAUUUUUAUGUAGAUCACAGCUUCUGUUUAAAUUGAAGAACCCAGAAGUAAGUUUUGUUACACAGUCACAGCCUCCAUGAGAGGAGAAAGACUCUGAAAUUGUCCUCACACCAUCUUAAAAAUGGACACUUGGCAGAAUGUUGUGAUGUAUUGGUAUGCCCAUAUCACACAUGAAGGUUUAGAUGUGUUACACAUUUAUUCACUCAAAACACUACAAGAUCUGCAGUAUAUUUAACAUGAACAGCUUUACCACAGGAAACCUUUGUGAAUGUAAAUUUUUGAUUUAAAAUUUUCAUUAAAGGUGCAGUAUGUAAGAAUA